AUGUUGGCCCAAGCACAUAUCCCGCUGUUCUGCAAUGCAGGACAGCCCUUGUACAUAUUGCCUGGUCACCGGAUAUGGACUCAGUAUAGUUUUUGCGGCCUGCCAGCCGCCCUACAAGGCAAGCCGCGUGCUCGGAUUCCUCGGUGGGAGCUUGGGCACCCGACCGUGCCGAUGUCUGAUGGAAUUCGAUUGAGCAGCGACUGGUGCACACAACAGGUGGAUCACAUUUUUGACAUGUGGGAUCGAUCUGAGGGCAGGCCGCUGACCCUGCAGGUGGCUUCGGUAUCACUGACCAUUUCCAUUUAUGCAAUGAUUGUCCGACGUGCUCUGCAAAGCAAUCCAGGUGGCAGAUGCGUGAUUUUCGUGCCGAAGGUUUCUCUCGCCAGACGAGUGCGCCGCGAAUUGAAGAGUCAGAAGCUGCGUGUUUGUCUGAUCGGAGCUGGCUCGCCCGAGAGCGAUCUUUGGGACGAGAUUGUCGUUUGUGUUUCCGCAAGUGCGCAUCGCCUGAGUGGACACAAGUUUCUGGUCAAGCUGUUGGACUCUUCUCAGCUUUGCUCGCAUGGUCAUACUGCACAAAUCAUGCGACAUCAAGUCACAGCCAGCAUGAGUGCUGAGUUUUCGCUACACUUGAAAGACGCAGAUCCCGAUGCUGCCUAUACGCUGGCGGAAGCUGUUCAGGAUGGACGCGCUCGCAACUUUCAGCCGUACCUCUUGCAAAGAGAAGCUAAAGACUGCUGGAAGUCAAAGCUGGCGAAAACCCUCCAAGCCACCCAGGUCGAUGCCGCCUGGGGGCCCGCGUUGGUGGUGCUCCCUUCAGCAGAGGAUGCCUCUGCACUCGCGGGGAGUCUCCGGCACUUGGGAGUGGCAGCAGCGGCCGUCCGAGGCAGAUUGAAGCGAGGCCAAAGGGCCACCCUGCAACGUGUUGAGAAGGGGCAGAUCAAGGUCCUCUGUGUCUCGCACCAGAUCUUCGAGAGGUCGGACUUGCCGGCCUUCAACACCCUGGUUCUCGACACCCGUGUCUCUGCAGCACCAAUCCUCCGGGCACUUCAGCCAAUGCCCGGUGUAGCUGAAAUGAAGCUUGUGCAUGUGGUGAGCAGCUCUGGGCCUGUAUCGUCGCGGAAGUUGCAGCGACCGACGAGCUUCCUGAUAGCUCUUUGGGGGGAGAAGUCGAAUCCAAGCCCCUGGAAGGUCUUACAUGCUGACGGCAGCACUGCUUUAUGGACCCCCGAGCCCCGCGGGUGGCUGAUAAAUUUGUGUGCUUGGUUGCAGUCGGCUGGUCGGAGGCCGAGAUAUGAUGUCAAGGAGGAGCGGUUGCAUGCGCACAGGUUCAAGCAAGCGAGGAAGCACUGGCUUAGAAACACUCUCAAUGCGGCAGAGAAGGAGCUGAUAAGGAGUGCGUACCCCGGGCUUGCUGUGGAGAAGCUGCCGAAUCGUAUGUCAUGGCUGGCGCUACAAGACCUCUGUGCGUGGAUGUCAACUCAUCAGCGACGCCCCCAACAGCUCAGUGAGGAUGUGGUCGAACGAAGGCAGAGCCUCAGGCUGUCGAGAACUCUCAAACGUCUGCGUGAGGGCAAACUGAGCAAGGCCGAGUCAGAACUGUUGCGGGAUGCUUUGCAGAACACAGUGCGGCCGUGGCUGCCGAUCAUGGUCGCAUGGGUCCGGUUCUACGAACGCCUGCCAAGGUUGUUUGCCAAAGAGCAUGAUGAGCGGCUGCAGAACCGGAGGUGGAAACGGGCAAACCGUCUGCUCUCCAUGAAUGUGCUGACCCAGGCAGAGAGGAACCUGAUGCUGUCUUGCCUGAGCUGGAAGCGAGAGCUUUCUGAAAGGCCACGAGCCUGCUUACUUGGCCUUCGGGCCUGGAUUUUCACGCACGCACGCCGACCGCGGGACGGUGUGCUGCGCGAUGCUGAGGAAAGGCGUCAGGCGCUCCGAUGGAAGACGGCUUUCAAGCAGAUGUCCAACAUGGACCUGUCGGAAAGUGAAAUUUCCUUGCUGGAAUAUUGUCUGGAGAUUCUUGACACGCAUGAGGAUGGCAUGCCGCAGCGCGCGGCUUUGGAGUGA